AUGGAACCACCAAAAUCACUCUUCCAGGAGACCGUCUUCGUCACUGUGGUGUGUAUGGCACAAUUUAUGACUCAAGCUGGUCUCAGCAUCUCCAUUGCCCCAGUCCAUAUCAUCGGCGAUAGCUUCGGAUGGCUUGUCAUCCCCUACAGCUACCAACCCAAGUUUGACGACAAACUUCGCUUUUGGCAGCGUCUUGAUCUGCUUGGUGCCACUGCAGGAAUUUCAGGCCUGGUACUGGUCAACUUUUCUUGGAACCAGGCCGCGCUUGUGGGCUGGAAGAACCCUUCCACCUAUGUUCUUCUUAUAAUUGGGGUUGUCUGCCUCGGCGCCUUCGCAUCAAUCGAACGCAAGGCGCCAUGUCCAUUGCUCCCGCGGUCAGUCUUUACUAGUGAAUUGGCUUGGGUGCUCGGGUGUAUCGCAACUGGCUGGUCGAGUUUUGGAAUUAUCAUCUACUACUUCUAUCAAUUCAUGGAAGUGAUCAAAGGCGAUUCUCCACUGUUGGCCACGGCCAAAUGGUCGGCGGCCGCUGCUUCUGGUGCUGUGGCAGCUUUGGUCACAGGAUCCCUACGUAGUCGCCUACCACCCAGCGUUAUCAUGUUUUGUGCAAUGACAUUUUUCACCGCUGGUAUCUCCAUCUUUGCCACUGUGCCUGUUGAUCAAACCUACUGGGCGCAGGCGUUUGUGGUGAGCCUAAUUACCUCCUGGGGCAUGGACAUGUCCUUUCCCUCUGGGACCCUGAUAUUGAGCAAUUCCAUGCCUCAUCACCACCAAGGUCUGGCUGCCUCUCUCGUUGUUACAACGGUGAACUACUCUAUCUCCCUUGGCCUAGGAUUUGCGGGUACGGUAGAAACACAUGUUAACGAGGACGGACAUAAUGUUCUACAGGGUUACCGCGGUGCGCUGUACAUGGGAAUUGGACUGGCGUCAUUGGGUCUCGUGCUGUCGAUUUGUUUUAUGUUUACGAGCUGGAGACAGCAUGGUAACAGCCAGAAGAGCCAUGGAUAG